AUGAAGCUGAAAUCUUUCUAUUACAAGUACGAACCUGCAACACUCCAUUUUAUUCACUCAGGCAAGAAGACGAAACUCAGAACCUUCCCAUCUUGCACUCUCAAACAGGACCUUCAAGGCCAAUCUGUUGCGGUUAUUGGUUUGGGAAAAUCCGGGAGAGCUGCGGCAAAGCUUGCUCUUGCACGAGGUGCUUCAGUCUUAGCAAUUGACCAGAACCAGAAUCUGCGUCCUUUAGAGAAAGAUCCUCUUUUUGAGAGGCAUAGUGGUGUAAGAACAAUCCUUGGACAGUUUGAUGAAGAGUUAUUUAAAGAUGCUCACGUUGUGGUUGUUUCUCCUGGAGUUCCCCUUGAAAACUAUGGCCUUUCCUGCUUGUUGCAGUCAGGGAAACGGGUAAUGUCUGAGUUGGAUUUUGCGGCGGAAGUCAUUUCAAGAAGCAUCAAGAUCUUAGCAGUAACAGGAACUAAUGGAAAAUCAACUGUUGUCACCUUUGCUGGGCAGAUGCUUAAUUAUCUUGGCAUUGAGGCAUUUGUAGGGGGCAACCUUGGAAAACCACUUUCCGAGGCUGCUUUGCAAUGCUUCACAUUGCCUUCUUCAAAACCCAAGUUUCAGGUUGCAGUGGUGGAGGUUAGCAGUUAUCAAAUAGAAAUUCCCAACAAGUAUUUCUGCCCUUCAGUUACUGUGAUAUUAAACCUAACCCCUGAUCAUCUAGAAAGGCACAAGACAAUGAGGAAUUAUGCACUGACUAAGUGCCGUUUACUUUCUCACAUGGCAAACACCAAGCUGGGACUUCUUCCUUUGGGAAACCAGCACUUGAAUGAAGCAAUUAAGGGACAUGAAUUUAAUGUUGCUUGGAUAGGAGCCUUUCCUGGUGUGAAAAUUGAUAUGGAGGCAAAGACUGCCAGCUUUGAGGUUCCUGAGAUUGGCAUUCAGUCACAGCUACAGUUGAGUACAAUGAAGGCUAUGGGGAUACACAAUUAUCAUAAUGCUGCAGUAGCUGCAUUAUCAAUUCUUGGACUGGAUAUUGGAGUUGAUGCUGAAGCCCUGAAUUCUACAAUUGAAAUAUUAAGGGCACCACCUCAUCGGAUGCAAAUUGUGCACAAGGAUAUCUGUGGAGUGACAUGGAUAGAUGACAGCAAGGCAACAAAUGUCGAAGCGGCAUAUGUAGGACUUAUGGGUCUGAGGAGACAGAAGUGUGUGGUUCUACUUGGUGGCCUUGCGAAGGUCUUAAAUGGACAAGACUCCAAUGGUUUUGAACAAUUAGUUGAACCACUGAAUAACCAUAGAUGUGUAAUCACGUUUGGAUCUUCAGGACUGAUGAUUCACAAGACAUUGGUUGAUAAUGGUCUUAGCAUCCCCUGUAUUGGAGCUGCAAAUCUGAAGGAUGCCAUCAGCCAUGCUAGGAAGAUGGCAAAACAUGGUGAUGCUAUUGUACUGAGUCCAGGCUGUGCAAGUUUUGAUGAAUUCAAGAAUUUUGAGCACAGAGGAAUGGUUUUUCAGGAGCUGGCCUUCCCAUCAUGAUGUUGGGCUCCCGCUAUGCUGCAACACGAAAAGUUGGGCAAUGGCUUGGGCUCGCAUGUGAGGGUCUGAUGAUGGCCUAUGGCCCGAUAAUUGCCGAGCAAGGGCCAAGCCCAUGUUCCUCCCAAAACCCCCUGUGGGUUUGUACUUUGGACGGGUUUCGUCUUCUGAAUCCUUUGUGUUUUGAUUUUGAGUCGUGUAAUUGACCUCUUCCUUCCUCGUCCUCUUUGAAAGCUGAUGUAUUUAGCUCAAGGUCUUGCUCGUUGAGACUAGUGAUGGCAAUGGGCCGGGUCGGGACCGA